UUUGUUUUUGUUAUUAAAUGUGACAGCCGGUGCCCGUUGACAGAGCGACCAUCCCGUCUGGAGUUGAAAUUCGUCUCAGUCAGUCUCAGUAAACACACAAAGUUUGUUUGGAGGAGUGAAAUUGUCCGUGAUGAAUAUCCCGCCACCGGAUUUUACGAAACCUCCUCCGGAUUUCUCAAAACCACCACCAAGUGUGAGGGCUAACUACCGCGCAGGCAAUGCCAACCCGCCCUAUCCAUUGCCACCACCAUCUUUUCAUAAUCCUUCCGUUCCAGUUUACUGCCCUAACUUCCCUCCGCCUGUUUGCUACAACCCCAACAUCCCGCCUCCUAAUUUUGCCCCUUAUGGACUCCGGAGUCAAGGCCCAGCAUCUUCAAGAUGUCCACCGCCUCGGACUGGAUACUCCUCGCAAACGAGCUCGGGAACAACUUCGCCCCGAUCAUCUAGCAGUUUUCAGAGUUCCCGGUUUUCCAGCCAUUCCCAAGACCGGUCACGUCGCCCCACAACAACGAGCAGCGCCCACGAUUAUGGCAGCCAUGAAGGAAGCUCGCCUUAUUCCCGCCGGGCGUCGUCUCUUGGGGUAUUGGAAUCUAAAUCGUCACGUCUGAGUAGCACCAGGUCUCUGUCUGGCUCAACUGCAGAUUCCCAAUCGUCCCGUGAGCGCUCCGAGCAUUUGUCGCGAUCUUCCUCAAGACGAGUCGAGACGGAGCGUGAGCGGCUCCUUAAAAAUUGGCGAGCAAACUUCUGCGAGACUUCAGAGGAAAUAGCGAAAAAAUUGGCCGAAAUUGCAGGCAACGAGGAGAAGGAAACCUGGAUCCGCUCGUCCCCGGCAGAAAUCUACUAUCGUCGUCUGAAUGAACAUGUCGUGGAGGGAAGCACGCGGUUGGAUGCGCUUUGUCAGGUGUUUGAGGACCAGUUGGUCGCGCGAGUCGACAGGGAACGUGCGAAACUACCGCCCUACCAGCCGCCCGAGCGAAAGCGGAAGGUCCGAUUGUGCCGGCAUGAAUGUGGAAAGUGCUCGUCGUCGGACUCGUCAGAGGAGGAAUUCGAACCACACGAGGACUGCUCGUUGGAAGAAUUAUCCCAGAAGAUGGCGCACCCGCAGAGGUUACACCCCGACCUCUGGCAUAACGAGCCUGGCGAGAUAAACGACGGUCCUCUGUGCCGAUGCUCGAUAAAGUCCCGCCGCACGGGCAUUCGGCACGGUAUCUAUCCGGGCGAGAAAGGAUUCCCCAAGUGCAAUCCGAACUCGAACAAUGCGGAGCGGCUCUAUCACUAUCGAAUCACCAUUUCGCCGCCAACAAACUUCCUAACCAAGACCCCGACUAUCAUCAAGCACGACCAGCACGAGUUCAUCUUCGAAGGCUUUUCAUUGUUGUCGCACGUCCGCAUCGGGGAGUUCCCCACUUGCAAGGUAAUCCGGUUCAACAUUGAGUACACGAUCCACUACAUUGAGGAGAAAAUGCCUGAAAACUUCACCGUGAAGGAGCUGGAUCUGUUCUUUAAGUACCUCUUCCAUGAGCUGCUGGAGCUAGUCGACUUUCAUUUGAUGCCUGCAGGAGCCGACCCCGAGAGCGUUUGUCCUUGCUAUCAUUUCCUGCCUCGCUUUGUUCGCGACUUGGAGGACAACGGCAAGGAAGUUCUGGCGAUGAGUGAAGUUCUGAAGUAUCUUCUGGACAGCUCCGGACCCUUAGUGGACAGAAACACGCUAGAACAUAUGAACGACAUCAGCCAGAAUGAGUGGCAGGACUACGUGGACUACAUAAAGGGCAUGGUGGUCACGAACCCGGCGAAGCGCCCGUGCUCCGUGCGAAUUGACCAGUUGGAUCGGAAUGUGUCCGACUUACCUGAAUGUGUUGAUAACGAAGUCGCUGGCAUCACGCACCCGGUCAUAGUACACUUCGGAAUCCGCCCGCCACAGCUGAGUUACGCUGGCAAUCGUGAAUAUCAGAAGGUGUGGCGGGAAUACUCCAAGUAUCGGCACUUAAUUGCGAAUAUGUCCAAGCCGUCCUACGACGACAAGCGCAAGUUGAAGGCGAAGGAAGCUAAGCUGGUUGAAAUGCGAACGCAGUGCCGAAUGAAGCGCAGUAUAACGGUCGCCAUUAGUUCAAAAGGUUUCUUCAGGACCGGCAUAAUGUGUGACAUCGUGCAGCACGCGAUGCUUAUUCCUGUUCUGACGACGCAUCUCCGCUUCCAUCACUCACUCGGUCUUUUGGAGCAGGCGAUCGAGUACAAUUUCCAGAAUCGCUAUCUACUGCAACUGGCCCUCACGCAUCCUUCCUACAAAGAAAACUUCGGCACGAAUCCCGACCAUGCUCGCAACAGCCUAACCAACUGCGGCAUUCGCCAGCCAGAGUAUGGCGACCGCAAGAUCCACUACAUGAACAGGCGGAAACGAGGCAUUAACACGCUCAUCAACAUCAUGUCCAGGUUCGGCAAAAAAUACGAGACGGACAGCAAUAUUACGCACAACGAGCGCUUGGAGUUCUUAGGCGAUGCCGUUGUAGAGUUCCUGACAUCAAUUCAUCUGUUCUUCAUGUUCCCCGAACUGGAGGAAGGUGGUCUGGCCACCUACAGAGCGGCAAUUGUCCAGAAUCAACAUCUCGCCGUUCUGGCCAGCAAGUUUCAGUUGGAGCAGUUCAUGCUCUACGCGCACGGCUCGGAUUUGUGCAAUGAACUCGAGCUUCGCCAUGCAAUGGCCAACUGUUUCGAAGCCUUGAUGGGAGCACUUCUAUUAGACGGCGGGAUCACGGUCGCUGACAAGGUGUUCGCACGAGCGCUCUGGAUGACUCAGGAAUCGCUGAAGGAUGUAUGGGAAAAUUAUCCACCACAUCCACUUCAAGAACAGGAGCCACUUGGCGACCGCAAGUGGAUUGAGUCGUAUCAAAUGUUGAAGGAUCUCACCAAGUUCGAGGACUCAAUCGGGGUGCAGUUCAAGCACAUUCGAUUACUAGCGCGGGCGUUCACCGACCGAAGCAUCGGAUUCACCCACUUGACUCUAGGCUCGAAUCAACGACUGGAAUUCUUAGGCGAUACCGUCUUGCAAUUGAUUUGCUCUGAAUAUCUCUACCGCCACUUUCCGGAGCAUCACGAAGGUCACCUGUCCUUGCUGCGUUCCUCCUUAGUCAACAACAGAACGCAAGCAAUGGUCUGCGAUGACUUAGGCAUGACCCAAUUCGCGGUUUACCUAAACCACAAAGCCGAUCUGAAAACCAAAGACCGAGCUGAUCUGCUCGAAGCAUUCCUGGGGGCACUGUACGUAGACAAAGGCUUAGAAUAUUGCGAAACGUUUUGUCAAGUCUGUCUAUUUCCACGCCUACAAGUUUUCAUAAUGAAUCAAGACUGGAACGACCCCAAGUCGAAGCUGCAACAAUGCUGUCUGACAUUGCGCACAAUGGACGGCGACGAGCCCGACAUUCCCGUUUACAAAGUGAUAGAAUGCAUCGGUCCUACCAACAUACGAGUCUUUACGGUGGCUGUGUACUUUCGCGGAAAACGAUUAGCCACCGCAUCUGGGCCUAGCAUCCAACAAGCGGAAAUGAAUGCAGCCAAGUAUGCACUAGAAAAUUCUCGUGAAUUAUUCCCACAAUUGGAUCAUCAACGGCGCGUGAUUUCGCAAAGCAUCAAACAACAAGGCAAAGGAAGUAAUAUCCGGAGCGACUCACCGACUGGUUCCAAUUUCCGGGGAAGCAUAUACGCCAGGGAUGCCGGAGAUGAUUCACAUUUGCCGAAGCAGUACAGGAUUCGGGAGGAUGUGUCCAGUGAUGAGUUGAGCGUUUCCAGCGACGACUACAAGAGGGAUACUCAGAAACGAAAGAAACGGAAGCAUAAGAAGAAACGGUCACGGUCUUCAAGCAAAGCGAAAUCUAGUGUGGAAAAACGUGAUGAUGACAGUAAUUCCGACACACAAUGCCAUCCGGAGAAGGACAGCAGCAAGAAAAAGGAUCAUCGCACUUACACUUCUGAAAAAAGUGGCAGUUAUUUGAAAGUGUCCGAGGCUGAGGAGGUUUCGGACGUGGAAUCUGGUGAAAUAAUAUAGAAAGGAAGUGAUGUGGAGCAGAAAAUUAGAUGUAAAUGUAACAAGCCUAAAAGUGGUAAUAAAAUAAUCUGAACG